AUGUUUUCUUGUAGUGAACUGGUCAAUGGGUAUCACAAGAACAAGGGAACAAAGAAAAUCACGAUCAAGGUAGAUAUAGCAAAGGCUUUUGAUACUCUAUCAUGGGAGUUCCUUUUUACCUGCCUUGAAGGUCUUAGCAUACCCCCUCUGUUCAUCCGGUGGCUCAAAGCGUGUAUCUGCACAACAAGCUUUAUGGUGAGUUACAAUGGCAGCGUCAAUGGCUAUUUCAAAGGAAAAAGAGGUUUGAGGCAGGGAGAUCCUUUAUCUCCCUACUUAUUUGUUAUUGCAAUGAACUUCUUAUCGCUAAUGCUCAAAAAAGCGGCUGCAGAUAACAAGUUUAAGUACCAUUAUAAGUGUAAGGAGACAAAGCUCACCCAUCUAUCAUUCGCUGAUGACCUGUUGAUCUUCAUAGAUGGCUCUAUGGAGUCAGUCCAACAGGUGCUUAUGGUGCUCCGCGAAUUUGAGCUUCGAUCAGGCCUGAAAGUCAGCAUGGAGAAGACAAGUUUUUUUGCAUCAGGUCUCACGGAACAGGAGUCACAAUUAAUCCAAGCCACAACUGGAAUGCACAUGGGAUCAUUACCUGUUAGAUAUCUGGGUGUCCCGCUAGACUCCAAGAAGCUGAGCCUCACCAGCGCUGAACCGCUUCUUCACCAGAUAAAAGCGAAAUUCUCCUCUUGGUCUGUGAAAACCCUGUCCUUUGCUGGUCGGCUUUUGUUGAUCAAAACGGUCAUCGCUGGAAUCAACACAUUUUGGUGCUCAACCUUUAUCCUCCCAAAGGCCUGCAUAAAUAGAAUCAACUCUCUCUGUAGCGUUUUCUUGUGGAAAGGCGAUGUGGAAAGUAGAAACACAACUAGAGUAAGCUGGGAGACGGUUGUGUUACCCAAAGAUCAAGGAGGCUUUGGGAUAAAGGACUUGCUUACAUGGAACAAAGCCUGCACAUUGCGUCUACUAUGGCUCUUAUUCUUCCGUAGUGGCUCAGUGUGGGUUGCGUGGUUCAAAGAAGUAAUCCUCAAGGGCUCUAUCUCGAACUACUGGACAACAAAGCCUAGCUCCUCUUUCUCCUGGUUAGCAAACAAACUCUUAAAGCUCAAGGACACGGUCUUCCCUCUCAUCAAACUGCGAAUUCAGAAUGGUCUCUCAGCCCGCUUCUGGUUUGACAACUGGUCACCUUUUGGGAAACUAUACGACUAUCUCAACGGAUCAUCCUCGCGCCUUGGAAUCUCUCUCAAUCCAACUGUGGGAUCUUUGAUCACCAAUGGAAUAUGGCGCAUCCCCCCUGCACGAUCAGAGGAGCAGCUACAGUUACAAACUUAUCUAACAACUCUACAACUCAAUGGGGAACCGGACUACUAUGAAUGGGAAUUGGGAGUUCCUACCGCUUCUAGAUAUUCUACUGGUGAGACUUAUAAUUACCUUAGGCCCCAGAGGCCGCGAGUGAGAUGGGUUGAUGUGGUUUGGACGAAACGUGGGAUCCCUAGGCAUAACUUCCAUCUCUGGCUGGUGCUUCAAGACAGGAUCCCAACGCGUGAUAGGCUUAUCAGCUGGGGAUUGCAAGUGAGCCCUUCAUGCCUUCUAUGUAACGCCGCAAAUGAAUCACGCGAUCACCUCUUCCAAGACUGCUCCUUCAGCUUUAAUCUGUGGACUCAACUUGCUAGGAAACUCCGACUAUCACCGCUCAGGAACUGGGAUGCUACGCUAGGCCAAAUGAUCGCUCUACCUAAAGGUAAACCCCCAACUCUGCUCUCCUAUCUAGCGUGGCAAGCUAUGAUCUAUUGGUUAUGGAAUGAGAGGAAUGCGAGACUACACUCAAACACCUUCCGCUCGGUCGACACCAUCUACACCACUAUCUAUCGCCAACUGAAGAACAAGAUUCAGAGCUUCAGACCUUCGAACCCAACGAUGUCUUCAGCGAUGAUGCAACUUUGGAUCUAA